ACAUAUUAACAUUCAAUGUUCAGUUUAUUUUCAGGUCGGUCAGCGUAUAAAUUUCAAGCCGAAAAGUUGAAAUGUAUCUUGAACUAUUUUCAUCGAGUUGCGAUUAACCCACCGAGGGGAACGGUUACCUUUCGACGACAAUAUUUGGCCCCAGAACGAACUCCUGAUUGGUCAAGUUCAGCGAAGACUUUGAAAAAGUUUAUCGUUUGUCCAAAUGGGACAAUUGAAAACGAUGGACGGGGAAUGCUUCAAGUUGAUUUCGCUGAUGAAUAUAUCGGUGGUUUAACGCUUACUUAUGGAAUGCUCCAAGAAGAGAUUCGAUUUGCGAUCAAUCCCGAGUUAAUUGUUUCGAUGCUUUUUACUGAGAAAAUGUUGGACAAUGAGGCAGUCGUUAUCAUCGGCGCUGAACGAUUUAACAGCUAUUCAGGAUACUCUGAUACUUUUAAAUUCGCAGGCGAUUUUAAUGAUACAACACCAAUGGACUCAUGGGGGCGUCGGUACACUAGAGUUGUAGCGAUAGACGCUAUUAAUUUCGGUUACGAUGAUUUGAUUCAAGAUCAAUAUUCGAAAAAGUUUAUCGAUAGAGAACUAGUUAAAUCUUUCACUGGUUUCAUGGAAACUGAGGACAUUCAAGAGUCCAAUCGAUGUGCUGUCGCAACGGGAAAUUGGGGCUGUGGUGUUUUUCGAGGUGAUCCUAAAUUGAAAUGCUUAAUCCAGUGGAUCGCCGCAUCGAUGGCCCUUCGAGAUGUUGUUUACAUCACUUUUAGUGAUCGCCGAUUAUCAAAUAUGAAAGACACUAUCUCUCAACUCGAAGCUAAGAAACUGACCACUGGUCAAUUGUACAAUUAUCUUAUUGAAUAUGGACAAUAUAUUGAAUCUCUGCAUUCAAUAAGAUUAACUACAGUCAGUGUCUUUGAAUUCAUCAGGGAAAAAAUACAAAACAAUUGAAUCUGUAAUUUGAUAAAUUAAAAUUAACCAAAACAAUUAA